UCAGCUAGUUGGUCCAUGCCAUCGAUCGAUGCCUGGAUAUUGUGUAAGACAGCAGCAUGGGCAGCAUCAUACGCCAUUUGGAUUCCUCUCGUUGAAGACAGAAGUAGCUAUAGGAUCAGGAGAUCACACAGAUGUCCAUAGGAACAAGGAAAUGACUAAAACUCAACUGGAACUUGUUUUCUAUCAAAGUACAUCUAGGAAGAUUAGUCAACAUGAAUGAACUGUUAACCCGGAAAGGAAAUACUAUGGAGAUCUCCCUGAUUUCGCUGCUUUUCACGUUGCUGGCAUUGGUGGGAACCAGCCACUCUUACCAAAAUCAUUCCACGUGUGGCCAGCAGAAAGUGUUCGUUAGCAGUGAUUUGUUGAUAGUAGGCGGUAAGCCAGCUCAAGUUGGCGAGUGGCCCUGGCAGGCGUUGAUGAUACGCGAUGGGGUCGGUGUAUGCGGAGCGACACUGAUUGACCCGCAGUGGGUCAUGUCGGCUGCACACUGUGUGAUUACGAUUCCAAAUAAACCAGAUCUCUUCAACUUCAAGAUGGGAACCAAUUCGUACAGUACCGACCCAGCAAACACACAGGUCAGAACAGCCAAAGAAAUCUUCAUGCAUCCCGACUACGUCAUCUGUGAUACUGACCAUGAUUCGGACAUAGCUCUCUUCAAGCUGGAAGAGCCGUUCAAUUUGACAGACUACGUGCAGACUGUGUGCUUACCGACCACUGAUAUGGCGGAUAAGUUCCCUGUUGGCACGCAGGUUACUGUGACAGGCUGGGGAAGUACCGAAAAUUCCUCUCGUAGUAGCGAGGAUCUGCUGGAGGUUUCGCUUCCCAUAGUCGAUCAGGACGACUGCAAAUCCACGUACGAGAGCGAGGAUGUGAUCAUCACUGAGAACAUGCUGUGCGCUGGGGAAACCAACGGGGGCAAAGAUUCCUGCGGGGGUGAUAGUGGAGGACCGUUGGUCACUCAGUACGACGGCAAGUGGUUUCAGGUCGGCGUGGUCAGUUUCGGCUAUGGCUGCGGUGUAGCUGGGUAUCCCGGAGUUUACGUUCGACUGACAGCAUUCCAAGAUUGGAUCGCUCCGAUCUUUGAUGGGGAGGACCCAGAUCGUCAGGACAGUAACUGCACCGAUCGUGGUCUGUACAGGUGUUACUGUGGAGGCUGUAUACCAUAUGAUGCAAAGUGCGAUGGAGUCAAAGAUUGCUUGUCUAACAGCGACGAAGCGCCGUAUUCCCGUUGUGAUUUCCCAAUCAGCAUCUUCGAUCGAAUCGACACGUUAAAACCGGGCUCGGUUUAUUUCAAGAUUCCAAACGAGGACGUCAGUCAAAAAGAAUUUGUCCUGAAUGAGAACGACUGCGCAGCCCUUUGCCUUGCUUCCGGUAUUUGUGUGGCAUUUGAUGUUAGGCGUAGGGAUCUGGGAGGCUACGAAUGUGAUAUGGCUGGCUCAGGAUUCAAACUGGUGGAGGAGUUCCAUUCGAGUUGGUUUCCCGGUUAUGCUGCUGAUCAUUACGAGCUUGGAAAGUUGAAGGAUCCUGAGCCAGUCAUGCACAUCAGCAGUCAUCAUGGCUUCAUCGGAUACCCCGUACAGCUCCCUGACCCUACCGAUAUGUCCGGUGUCUACGAGUUUGUCUGGAACAUCGAGCCGAGAGAUCAAGUCAACUCCAUCACAUUCCGCUUCACUGGCAUCCACACGGACGAAACGCUCCACCCACUCCUCCCUUGCUCUAAUUAUCUGACGGUGGGCGAUGAGGACGCUAUGUGCUUGGCUCUGUACCAAGGCUGGGAUUCCUUCACAGUGGUGGUAGAUUCUCCACGAACCAGCGUCAAGUUGAACACCAACAAUGUUGGCAAGAAUGGAUUCUUGGCCGAGUAUACUACAGGCACCCGGGAGCCGGGCGCAGUGACCACAGGCACCCGAGAGCCGGACGCAGUGACCACAGGCACCCGAGAGCCGGACGCAGUGACCACAGGCAUCCGGGAGCCGUACGGGUACGAAGACUUGAAGAAUGAGCGGAACAUGAUGCGAGCAGCCGUGAUAGGUGUCAGCGUUGUCGCUGGUGUUGCUGUCAUGUGUCUGAUAGUAAUGGCCUACUUACUGUUCACUAAACGAGGAGUUAAGGCUAGAGACACUCAAGACCCCAACGCAUUCCCCGUUCAUCCGAUCGCGCAACCAGCAACCAACAAUGGGCAGGAUAACCUCGCUUUAGAAUGACAACCAGUAACAACUUGCGAACGCCUCUAGUCAAUAGAGCUUGAUCAGGGUACGCCAUCUUGAUAAUUAAAGCGAGGCAUACAACACAAACAAACAUGGCGGCAGAAAUAGUGUGUGUGGUGUGUGGCUCUUGCAAAGUUACAACAGAUCGAUGGACAGCUCAAAUUCUCCGAAACAUCAACAUUCCCGUCUUAUUGUAUUUCGAAGAAUAAAGAAUCUUAUAAAUACAAAGCCCAAAAUCUGUGGCCGAACUGAAGUUCACGUAAGUUUCCGUGCCCUAUUUUACCGUAUAUAGCACCCCGCUGUCAGAUCAGAGAAACGAUCAAGACUUUCUAUUUUCACCAUCCGCGGCUUUUUCUGAGCUGAAAAUGCGCCUGUUUAGUAGUACUUGCAUAAGGGGGCUAUCCGCGAAUUGUAAUUCGCACAGGACCUGUGAUUUUCCAGAAAUAACAGGGAAAUUGGCGCCCGAUGCGCGUAGUAUGCGGGAACGUGAACAAUUUCUCUUUUCCACUCGUUCAUUCUACGCGUAUCAAACUCAAGAACGGAAACUUCAGUUCGGCCACUGGUUUUGGGUUUUAUAUGGCUUUCUUCAAGAUACAGUAAGAUGUGACCGACAUAUAGAAUGUUGAUUGAUGUUUCGGGGAAUUUAAGCUAUAGAUAUAGUCCUCGCCCGAACUUGCUUGUCCACACUGGAAAUUGCGCCAUCAAGAGACGGCAAGAAGGGAUAGUUUUUGAAGUUCGAAUUAAUUUCUUGUGUAAAACGGUGUGUGUUAUUUACAAAGAUUCUGAAACAUUUAUAUUUGUGUGAUACCACGAAAAAGAUCUCUCCCAGGUUACCACUAGGCGGCGUUCUGUGUGGAACAAAAAAAAAAUCAAAUCGACACAUGAAUCAAAAUAAAAUCGAUUAAAUCGCAGUAAAUGAAAUCAAUAACUUUGUCAAGUGCAACAACUUAAAUGCAUCGGAUUUUUUCUUUUGAUCAUAACACUUAAUCCAUAAUAAGUUCUUUUUUUUCCGUUUCCAUUGACUAGAGUAGGCCUAUUUGAAAGUUGUAUAAUUUAAACUUGAAAAUACAUGUACUUAAACGGUGUGUUAUUAGACAUAGGCUCUUCAGCGAAAAUUUAAGCGUUCUGUUUUAAAACAUAGCUAGUACUGACUAGCUACAUGUAGGGCAUAGGUUUUGGUUUGUAAAAGAUAUUACAAAAUAAGGUACAGUGAAAUGUCGCUAUAACGAACACAGCUAUAACGAAUAUUUGGCUAAUACAUGUAUUACGAACAUAUCGGGCCCUUUGGCUCCCACAAUUGUUUUCGUUUUUGAUGAGAGAACGCACACCUUUUUCUGUCAUCCGAGGACAGAACUUUAAAACGGCGGUU